CCCAGAACUAUUUCAUUGGCUCACGGUCGUAUGGUGCUUGGUCUUGACUUCCGGGUAUUUUUGUUUAUACGUUCGGCUGACAGUAGUGGUGCUGUAAGUUCUGACCUCAGCUCUGUGUCUCUUCUCAGCUGCUGUAUCAUCGUCGAGCUGUGCAUAGAAGAUGAGUAACCUGCCCCUGUCUCGCUCCAAAGUGUUCGGGGAGCUGAGGAAAGAGCUGCAUGAGGAUAAAGAAUUUCAUCAGUCUGAUGUCCAUAUCUUCAUCAUUUUGGGCGCAUCAGGAGAUCUGGCCAAAAAGAAGAUUUAUCCAACUCUGUGGUGGUUAUUCAGGGAUGGUCUUCUUCCUGAACAGACCUUCUUUGUCGGCUUUGCCCGCUCUGACCUGACCGUGGAUGCCAUUCGGAAAGCAUGUCUGCCUCACAUGAAGGUGGCAGACACUGAAGCAGACCGUCUCUCUGCCUUUUUCAGUCGUAACUCUUAUAUAAGUGGGAAGUAUAAUGAUGAAGGCGCUUUCUCCAAACUGCAUCGUCACCUUCUGUCUCUGCCUGGAGGCGCAGAAGCCAACCGUCUCUUCUACCUGGCCCUGCCACCCAGCGUGUACCACGAUGUCACCAAGAACAUCCGACACCACUGUCUCAGCUCCAAGGGGUGGAACCGGGUGAUUGUCGAAAAGCCGUUUGGUCGUGACCUGCAGAGCUCAGAGGAACUGUCCAACCAUCUUUCCUCUCUCUUCACUGAGGACCAAAUCUACCGCAUUGACCAUUACCUUGGCAAGGAGAUGGUGCAGAACCUCAUGGUCCUAAGGUUUGGAAAUAGAAUAUUUGGGCCCAUAUGGAACCGAGAGAGUGUUGCCUGUGUGGUUCUGACCUUUAAAGAGCCCUUUGGAACCCAGGGUAGAGGUGGCUACUUUGAUGAUUUUGGCAUCAUCCGCGACGUCAUGCAGAAUCACCUUCUGCAGAUGCUAUGUCUGGUUGCUAUGGAGAAACCCGCUUCCACCAGUUCAGAUGACGUAAGAGAUGAAAAGGUGAAGGUGCUGAAGUGCAUUGCUCCGGUUUCUCUCUCAGAUGUGGUUUUGGGCCAAUAUGUAGGAGAUUCAGAGGGAGAAGGAGAGGCUAAGCUGGGCUACCUAGAUGACCCUACUGUCCCUAAAGGAUCUACACAGGCGACGUUUGCUACAGCUGUACUGUAUGUCAGGAAUGAACGCUGGGAUGGUGUUCCAUUCAUACUGAGAUGUGGGAAGGCACUGAAUGAGCGGAAGGCGGAAGUGAGGCUGCAGUUUAUGGACGUACCAGGCGACAUCUUCAACGCACAGUGCCGUAGGAACGAGCUGGUGGUGCGUGUCCAGCCCAACGAGGCUAUCUAUGCCAAGAUGAUGAGCAAGAAGCCUGGAGUGUAUUUCAGCCCUGAGGAAACAGAGCUGGACCUGACCUACCGUAGCAGAUACAAGGACAUCAAGCUUCCAGAUGCAUAUGAGCGUCUGAUUCUGGAUGUCUUCUGUGGCAGUCAGAUGCACUUUGUGCGCAGCGAUGAAUUGAGGGAAGCAUGGAGGAUCUUCACCCCAAUCCUUCAUCAGAUAGAAAAAGAGAAGAUUACUCCCCAUAAAUAUAAAUAUGGAAGCCGUGGACUUCCCGAGGCGGAUGAAUUGGCCCAGAAGGUGGGCUUCCGUUAUGAGGGAACAUACAAAUGGAUCAAUCCCCAUCGACUCUCAACAGAGUAGAAACAGUGUUUGUGUGUUUGUCGGGUUUAUUUGCAGACCAAAAGAAUUGAUAGACACCAACUAUAUAAAUAAUCUACUUUUUCAUAUCAGACCUAGAAACUGUAUGCAUUUAAUAGUCA